UAAUUUUAUGAAAUAUUUACAAUUUAUUUUUGAAUAGUAUUAUAAUUUCUAUAUAAGAUUUACGAUUUUUUUUUACGAAAUAUAGAUUAUCAGUUUUUUGAUAUAAUGAUAUAUAUAUAUCAAUUUUUGUUUUUUCUCUUUACGAAGGGAGUGAAUCAUUUUAGAUUCGUAACGCAACCUGGGCGUUUUAUCUAGGACGUGCUUAUCCACUUAUCUUAUAUUUGUUAGCGAUAAAGAUGCCUCACGUAUGUCAUUGAGAAGUCAUGCAAGUUUCAGUCAAUUUCAUCUCGUAUCUCUCUCGAAAAUCUUUGAUUUUUCUAUAAUAGUGCGGUGUAUCUAUGAAUUACUAAUCAAAAAUUGUACAAAAUGGUGGUAAAAAAUUCGACCCCUCAGCUAGAACAGCAAAUACAAUGUAUAAAGUUUACAAUAUUUUGCUUGAACUCCGUAAUGUGGAUUUUCGGAAGCGCAAUGUUCGGCUUAUCUUUAUGGCUAAGGUUUGAACCAGUAUUUGAAGAUUGGAUAAUGUUCUUGGACAUGUAUGAAUUUUACAUCGGUGUUUACGUAUUAAUUGCAACAUCCGUAUUCGUCAUAAUCGUUGCUUUCGUAGGCUGUGGCGCAGCUCUGAUGGAAUACGUCCUGGGUCUCUUCGUCCACGUGGGCCUUCAACUAUUUUGUUUUAUAUGCGGUUUAGCAGGUGCAGCUGUUAUUCUUGAUUAUUCAACUUACGAUAGCCAAAUCCAGCCUAUUAUACGAAGAUCUAUGAAUAAUCUUAUCAGUAAUUCUCAACACGAUAGAGCAUCUGGUAUUCUUAAAUUGAUUCAAGAAAAUGUCGGAUGUUGUGGUGCUGACGGUCCAAUGGAUUAUGUAAACAUGUUAAAACCUUUGCCAACCGAAUGUCGUGACACGGUUACCGGAAAUGCCUUCUUUCAUGGAUGUGUUGAAGAAAUCUCUUGGUUUUUGGAAGCAAGAUCAGGAUGGCUCGCUGGUUUGGCCCUCUCUUUGUGCAUGUUACACGUAGUAUUGGCGGUACUCACUUUAACGCUUAUUCGUGCUAUUAAAAAAGAAGAAUCAGCCACAUACAAACAUUAAUUACAUUAAUAAUCAUGAAAUAUCACGCGAACGUUAACUUACAAUUUUUUUCUUGAUAAAUAUAUUUUAUACAAUCGAAAUUUUUUUUUUUUUUUUUUUUUUUUUAUAUAGUCGAAAAACAGUCGAUAGAAGAUAGUGUACUUUCUAUUGAUGUAAGUCUCUUAUAUAAAAUUUUGAUACAGACACUGUAUAUGGAAUUUAAUGCGCGAGAAAGAUGAAGAAAGAAAGUUCUGAAAGUAUUCCAUUUCAUUGCAUUUAUAUAUCUUAGAGUAAUAUAUCUGAAAUAUAUUUUAAUUAAUACUAUAUAAAUUAUAUAUCUUCAUAAAUUGUUAACUAAAACUAAUUUUGUCAUGUGUUACUCUAUACGAAAGUUCAUUAAUCGAUGAAAAUUUCAUACAUAGUACUUAUAUAAUGCAAUUGGUCCAAUUAUUGAUAAAUAAAAUUAUUCAGGCAAGAUGCGCUUCAAUAUGGAUCCAACAUAUAAGAAAAGUAAAAGGGCCGUCGUUCGUUAAACUGUCAUGCAUUAUUUAUUUCAUAUGUUUUUUGAUUGACUGUAUUAUUAAGUAUUAUAUAUCUAUUAUUUUAUGGCCAAAUAAUACCGUAAAUGUGUAUGAUGCUUCAGAGUAAAAACGGUUUACUCACUGUAUAAUACAAUAUAUUAUAUGUUUAGUAGAUUUUUUAACACGGACUGUUUUUCUUUCUUUCUUUCUUUUUUUUUGUUUCGCCUAUAAAGGUCUCAUACGCUUAUUAUAUUUGCAUAAAAUGUUAGGUAUUCAUUAAACGCAGUUUUAAUAAAUGAUUUACACGUACAACGAUUUACAUAGACUAUAAUUAGGUUAAGCGUCAGUACCAAAAGCGAUUUAAUACGUUUUUUGCAAAGUUUAUUUAUCCCUAAGAGAUAUACAAAAGAAACAUUUUUUGUUUGUUUUGUGUUUUGUUUUAAUUAUAAUUCCUUUGUAAUAACACAAGAAAUUCUGUCAUGAUUUUCAAUAUUUGUUUUUAUUAAUUUCCAUCAAAUGGAUACCUCUGAAUCAGUACAAUUCACUUUAACCAGCUAUGUUAAAAUUAUGCACAUCUGCAAAUCAGUAUUAAAAUAUUACAAUUUUAUAUUUUACAGUUUUCAUCCUCUAGCUCCCUCUAAAACAGGUUUUUGUUCAUAUAAUCAUACAAUGAUUCAUUACAUGACAAUGCAUGGGGGAAGAUGAAGAGCUUUAUGUUGAGAAAAAUGAUGGCUAACUGCUGAGCCAAAUCAAGGUGCAAGUCAGUCUGACCAUAAGAAAGCCUUUUUGUUGUAUUAUAUUCACUUCGCAUACUGAUCUGGUUAACAAAUUCACAAAACAAGUGACCAGAUCUAUUUCAUCUGCGUGCCGCUUACAUAGUUUGCACUAAUUUCAAUGAUAAGGAUCUGUACAUACUAAGUUCUAGGAAUGUUAACAUUACAAGAAACCACAAUAAUUUAUUAUAAUACAGCCUGCUGUACACCAGAUGACUCAAGGCAGUACAAAACACGCCCUACUUUGCUUUCUUGAACAAUUAAGGGAAUCAAAUGGUUUGGAUAGGAUUUAAGUAUUUCCUUUAUUGACAUAAUGAAUAUGAGAGGGAGGAUGACGAUGGUAAGGGCAGGGGGACCACUUCUACGCGUUAGGAAAAAAAAAAAAUAAAAAUUACAAUAUUUGUCUACUUAAACAACUGCCAUUUACGAAGUUCCUCAUCAAAAUGAAUAAAAAACAUAAAUUUUUACAUAUUUUUAUAGUAAAACUUAAUGAUCGAAGUCACUAUACAAAGUAAAAUUAGGGCAUUUUUCUAUCCUGUGAUCUGUGUUGUGAUCUUUCUCAGCAAUCGUGGUGUGUGUUGCAGCACGUCACGCAAAUAAAAUUUCGACUUUUUGUGCAUACAACAACGAGCACCCUUUCUGUAAGUAUAGGACUGUCAGAAUAUACUGUCCUAAUUUUGAUUUGUAAAAGCUGUGAACUACAUAUUUUCUCGAUUCAAAUUGCUUAUAAACUACAAGGCUCAAUCACGUGGCUUAGUAUCCACUAUUAGUGAAAACUAUCACACGUUGAUGUGAAUGUACGAUCUCGACGUUGUGUUUAAGUAUACUUAUUCUAAUUACUUACAGCUAUUCUCGACAUAUAUAAAAAUCAAUUACACUCAUACAAAGCAGCCCCAUGCCCUACCUGAGAGAAAUUUGAUUUAAAGAAACGUUCUGUACAAGGAUAUACAAUGUUAGUCUCUUAUAUUCUGGCAGCAAAUGAACUGAACUGAUAAAUUUCACAAAACCAUUUUUUUUCAAGUGAUAUAUCGCAUAACAACGAGGCUAGUGGAUCUUUUGUUAUUACUAACUAAAUUAGCUUUUAACAUGGUGUGGAGACAAAGUCAACAAUGAUUGAGCCCCUGCGCCUUCCAUCUCACACAGAAAGUGGGCACCAUCUUUUUCAUUCCUCUAUGCUAUGACACUUUACAUGUUGCUAAUCAAUAUGUUAAAAUACAAAUGUCAUUCAUACAAUCUCCUUUCACAUAGCGCAUACACACAAGUUUUAAAAUAAUUAUUAUAAUCGCGUGUGUUUUCAAUUAUUAUUGUAAAUAAUUGGGGACUCGUGGUUAGUUAUUUGUUCUCCUAGUGGUGUAAGUACACUCACGCUAAGGUCAAUGGUACGUACAGUAGGUGAGGUAUGCUUUUAGGAUCAAGGACACGGGGUGAUAGAUGACAUUUUAUCAUGCAGCCGCUAUUCAUCGUCUUCCUUCCAUUCUUCUUCACUGUCGCUUUUUACAGUAUUUGCAGGUGGUGCUCCUACCACCACUGGUGCACCAUCUUUCAUUUUCUUUUUGUAUGCUGUCAUUUCCUGUUAAAACAAUUUUUUUGCAUUAGCAGCUCCUACAUUACACCUCUUCCUUUCCCUCGAUCGUAUUUCCAUUAUUGUUAUUUAGAUUCGAACAUUCUCUUGAAAUUACUUUUAUUCAUUUUUAAUUAUUAUCUACGUACCCUUUCGUAUCGAGCUUUAUCCUUCUCUGCCAUAGCCUCAUAUUUAGAUUUGGUUUCGGGAUCUGCAUCCGACCAUUUUUUACCUAAUUCCUUAGCAAUAUCUCCUACACCAUAUUCAGGAUUUAACAUUUUCACUUUACCGCGCUCAUCAUUACAGAACCAAAAGAAGGCAGAUCUAGAAAGAGAGACACAACACGAUAUAUAAUCUUAUGUAAUCCUUAAGACUUGACUUCCAUUGAAUAUAUACAUUUCAAAAGUUUUAUUUUACUCACAGUGAUCGUUUAGGUGCAUUGUGAUCCUUAAUAUGUUUACGUUUCUUUCCUCUGCCUUUUUCUCCUUUAGGUGGUGUAUAAUUUUGCAUCUCUGCGUCGUAUCUUUUCUUGUCUUUUUCUGCCAUCUCAUGAAAACGUUUCUUUUCUUUGUCUGACAUGGUCUGUAAAAAAGAGGUAUACAACGUUUCUAAAAAAUCAUACAUCUCAGAAAAGAAGCUUCCAAACAUAUUAAAUUCGAUUUUAAUCGAUAAACACUAUUGUUUUUUUUUUGUAUUUUACAGAUUAGCAUUUCGAAUGAAAUUAUUAUAGAGGAGGAAAUAAAUGUUCCAAAGAUAAUCUAUAUUUUAGUAUAUCAAUUUUCAUCUUUCAAACAAAUUAUAUCACCAUUUUCUCUUUUGCGAAACCACGACAUCAUUUUUGAUUAAUAUAUGAUAAAUGAUAAAAUCGUUACUCCUGACAUUUUGGAAAUUCGUUCCCAUUGUUGUUAAAUCUAGCCAAUCUAAUUUUGCCUUCUAUUAUGAAAUAUAUGCUAAAUAGGAAAACUGGCCGUUUGUCAAAGUAAAAGAAGAAGAAGCGGGGGUAAAGCAGAAAGGGAGUAAACGUUCUCGGCAAAAGAAGAGUAUAGGAGGGGGAAGAGAAACGGGGGAGAAAGAGUGAGCAGGAGAGGGUGAGAGAGAACGAAGGGGAGGAAGAGAGAGAAGCAGGAAAAAAGCGGAAGAGGUGGCACACGUUAGGGCUGGUCGAUAGAAUACCGUAGGGUACGAGCCACGGUCCAAAGGGUCUUUCGACUGGCCGAGCUCUUCUGCAUUAUUUAAAAUAAAAAGCAGAAGAGAAUAUAGAAUCGACUUUUUUCCUUUUUUUUUCAUUCCCUUUACUAAAGAAAAUAAAUAUGUCAUUACGUAGCGUAAGAAGAACCAGGACUUAGAUCUCUAAUUGGUUAUAAAUUUUUACUAAAGUUUUUCUUUUUUUUACCGUAUUUAAAUAUUUAUCCGCAUAUCGCAGAAGAAAUCAUAUAGAAUUUUAUUCAUCAGAGUUAGUACUUUACAGCGGCCAUUAAAGCGUCGGCCAUUAAAACGUAGUACGUAUGUAUGUAUAUACUUCUCGUAUAGGAAGAAAAAGAUGGCGAACAAAAACGAUUAUGACUCUUCUCGGGCACUCUUCAAUCUUAUUACUUUCGUAUAUUUUCGGAUGGCUGAGAUAAUCGAAGCUCAUGAAAAAUUCUUUUAUUGUCACGUAGUAAAUUAGAAGGAAAAAUGAUUAUCGAAAAUAUUUAUUGUUGUUUAUAAAUUAUCCUAUUUGAUAUAAAUUUGUGUAUCUACGGUUACUCUAAGAAAAACUUUGACUUCGUUAAGAAAUAAUAAAAGACAGGAAGUAAUUUCAAAGCUUUCUGUGCUACGGGGCACUACCGCAUGAUGAGUCGAGCCUGAUCACUUUUAUCUGCAGAGCCAAGACGACGACGAGGGUGCGCUGACCGAUGCACCAGCUGCUGCGCUGCGGGUGCAAGGCCUCGAAGGAAAAGCACAGAUCGCGCAGCGCACGGUUCUGAACGCUUUUAAAAUAAUAAUUCGAUAGCACGAAUAUUAUACUAAACGUUUAAUAUUUGAUUUCGAAAUCAUCAGAUAAUUUCGAACUUUGAACAUUUCGAGAGAUUCUAAUUUUUAAGAAAUUCUUGGCAGAUCAAUGUUUUAAACACGCACAUACGCGCGCGCGCAUUAUAUAUAUAUAUAUAUAUAUAUAUAUAUAUAUGACAUCGUAUGUCUAUAUGUAUAUAUCGUAUGGUAUUUAAAUUAUUUCUGUUAUCACUAAGAGCGCGUAAUACAAUUUUUCUAUCUAAUCUGAAUUUUGAUUUGAAUGAAAAGCAUAUAUCGCACAUAUGCGCGCGUGCGCGCACACACACAUACAGCAAGAGAAAUAUGUAUAUAUAUAUAUACAUAUACGUAUAUAUAUCAUUCAUCUCAGCGACUCAUAAAUUAAAGAAAAAAAUGAAAAAAAAAAGAAAAAAAAACAUGACAUUAAACUACGUUUCUUCUUUCGUCGAUAAGGAUAAAAACUGAUAUUUUCAUAAAUACUAACAGCUAAGCAAAACGUGAGAAACAACGUUCCGUGGCAUUGCUAGAUUCGACUUGCACGUGAGUUCCGUAUAUAAACGUAAUUCUCGUCAAUGUAUGUGUGUUUGACGUGUGUAUCACAACUAAUACUUAUUCGAUAAUAGCUUGAUAAAAUUACUUAGCGAAAGAUAAUUUGAUGAUUCAAAAGAUGAAAUUUUGUGUCUAGUAUUUAUUAAUUUAUAUAUCUACAUCAAAAGAUAUGAAUGAUAUGUAUACAGGUCGUACCAAAAAGUUCCUAGAUAAUUUUAAAAAUCAAUUAUACAUUUUCGAGACUUCGUAGAGUAAUUUUUUCUUCAAACUGUAAACUGCAAAUUUAGCUUCUAAAACUACAAACCUAAUUACAAGUAUAAGAAAUUUCGAAAAAGAAUAACUGAUUUUUAAAAUCAUUUAGAAACUUUCGGCCCAUCUAAAGAGACUUUUGACCCAUCUUGUAGUAUCGUUAAUUACAAGAGGAUAAAGUGUAUAAGAAUCUUAAUGGCGAAGAAUUUGUAAUUCAAUAAUUAUUAUCUCCGGAUAGAACUAACUAAAUAUUUACAAGUUUUUUUUUUUUUAAUUUUAAAAAUAUUUUAAUCGGAUGAAUGAACGUCUCUUUCUGUCGAUAAUUAAUGGGGAACUCUGUACCCAUCGAUAAAAUCUCUGAUGAACGUUUAAAGAAAGAUAGCAACCCAUAAGCGAGUCACGAACGAAUCAACGACGAAUAUACGAUUGAUGAUCCGAUUUAAAAAUCGUUUGGAUUCUCCAACUUCUCAGGCACGCGCUCGAGUGUAUCGAUUUUCGAAGCGCAACCCUUAUCCGAUAAAAAUAUCUCCUCAUCGUUGAUAGCACCAAAAGAGGGAUAGAAAGAGAAAGAGAGAAAAAUAGAGAAAAGCCAAUCGGAAGGAAAUCCAAUACAAAGGGAUAAAAAAACAAAGGAAAGAAAAAAAUAAAGAGAAAACAAGAUGAAAGAAGAGAGGAAGGAAGAGAUAAGCUGAAAUUCGUAGUAUUCUAUGUAAAGGACUAAAUUGCAGGUGAAUUAUCAGAAAUUCUCAUCUCGAUUACAAGACUUCUUUAAACUUCGCGUUAAGUAGAGCGAGACCUGUUGAAUAUACUCGAUACCUAUUCAAUCCUAUGCGAAAGUUUCUGAUUGCAAGAAGAAGAAGAAAGAGAUGAAAAAAGAAGAAGAAAAGGUAUUUGAAUAUCCGACGACCGGACAUCACGCCUGCAAAUUGAAAAAAUGUUUUAUAAAGAUUAAUAAAAGUUAUUGAAAAAAUAUCAA